GGCAUGCUGGCUCACUUCGUGACCAUGUUGGCUCAACUGGCCUAGGUUUUUUUCUUGGUUCGAUAGAAGGCCAGUCGUAGCACGAGACAAGUGCGUGAACAAGCAAACUAUGGCCUUGCGACCGAAAUCGGUAGAUGACUGGUGCCAGUUGAUGCCCAACUUACUGGAGAAGAAGGGCUGGAACCACGCAAAGGUCACGCCGGGAGCUGCCUUGAUGCAUACCAGCUGCCCCUGGGGCGGGCAACUCAUCAAGUUUGAACUCCUGGACAUCUUGAUCCAUGAUGCUCCAAGCGAUCCGGCCAACGUCAUGGUGCGCCCGGAAGUCCGCACUCUGCACGACGCUUUGGCGACGAGUGGCUGGCGCACGGAGUCGCUGGAGGUCCUGGCGCCCGGAGAGGCGCUGGUGGAGUUCACGAGCCCUUGGAGGAUCGUGAAGUUGUGCCGGGUGCUCUUCGGGGAUAUGGCGGGACGGGUGAUGAACUACUUCUUCGACACUGAGAGCACGACAUCCGCUUCAGCCCGAGGUGUGGCGUGGCACCAAGAGGUGAGGAGGAAUUCUCCCAAGGCAGGUGAUAGCGGCUGUGCUUGCUGGAGGGAAGAGGAAGAUGAUGGGAGGCAAUCCCAGGAGUUCAUGGUCCUCAUGCGUCCGGCGACCAGGAAGGAUUCAAGGACGGUGAGCUUCACGGUCUUCGUGGUGGCUCGCACCGGGGAUCGCUUCGCCCACUGGGCUACGCCGCUGUUUGGACCCGUGCUCGCCUUGGCGCGGAGCACCGCCCUGAGCUUCGUGAACCGCCAAGGCAUCGCGGAGCUUCGAGAGCAGGAUGCGCGUUUCUAUCUGACACUCUCCAUGCAAAGCUUCAAGCGUGGCUUUCCUUUAUUGCCCGCCUCUGAGGAUGAGAGCAGCCUCACCGAGAUCGAUGCAGGGGAGCCCUAUGGGCUCCGACGCUGGGUGCGCUAUGAGCCCCAAGAUCCGAACAGUCAAAAGUUCCAACUCAGCUCCUAUUUGCAGGUCUUCCUCGGCAGGUUGGGGUAUCACAUCAAUGCCUACCAGACCUUGGAUGGUGAGAGCCUGGUGAGUUACCAAUGUGUGGUGCGCCGCGACGAGUGGGAGCUCAUUCGGGAACCCAUUCUGCAAGCCUACGCGCUACAGAGGACUGCGUACCGUCACGCGAACGGCGGCUCUGGAGCUCCUGCCCUUCAUGAGGAUUCCACCUGGAGGUCACUGCCACAUCGGAAUCGGGAGGAUCUUCAAGAGCGUUUGUUCUGCGCAAAGGAACCUCGCUUGGUCGUGCGCAAAACGUUCUUUGACGUGGAGGAGCCUUCAGAGGACGAGGAAGAUCAACACGUCGUCGGUGCACGAGCCAUGCAGCGUCCCAAGACCAUGGUGCUCGAGCGCGUGCCGGUGCUGGUAGCAUGAGGCAGUGAGGAUCAUGAACUGGGCUGUGUGGCUCCAAGAUUUUCCAGCAGUGAUGCGAUGCAGAUUGUAGAGAUGUUGCUGCUGCAUGCUGCUUACAGGUGCUUGUGACUGCUACUGUAACAGGUUCCUGAUGCGGGCACAUGGUCUGCAGAAAUUGGUUUAACGAGGGAUGUUUCCCGACUUAUCCCGACUUUCUAUGCAAGUGCCCAGGUACGUAUACAACCGGGUAACUGCAUACGUAAGGUCAAAGCUGUGUAGAUAUCCUUUCGCAGAACGGUGUUAAAGCACACCGCGUGUGCUCUAGCGGCACGGUGUACAGGUGUCUUUCAUGACGCACAUUUCUGGAUACACUCCGGCUCAUGUUCCAUGGAAGUGGACAACCACCACCUGCUUGGUGUUUGG